UCGAGAAAAACGGCAAGUCGUCUCGAUAGUCCAAAGGUAUCAAAGCAGAAGUGCAGAAGCAUGAGCAGUGGCAUUCCCCCCCUCUCUCUCUCUCGAGCAACAAAGAUGUUGAAGGUGUUGCGCGUCUUGUCCUCUUCCACCGCGAAAUUCAGGAGCCAUUUCUGCACUAGAGAUGCUUUAUCAAUGUAUGCUUUUACUCAUAUCACCAGAUUUUCAACUGCCACUCAGAAAUUUUCUGUUAAAGGUCCCAGUUCUCAUCAAGUAUAUGCUUCUUUUGAUAUCUUCAAAGGCAAAGCUGCCCUCUCUUUGACUCCUGUUCUUCCAACAUUCACUAAAUUGGAAUCUGGAAGUCUUGUAGUUGAUCGACGUGGUUCUGUCAUGUUGAAGUUCACUCCUGCCAUUGGUGAACGUAAGUAUGACUGGGAAAAGAGACAGAUGUUUGCUUUAUCAGCUACAGAGGUUGGCGCUCUGAUAAGCUUGGGUCCCAAUGAUUCUUGUGAACUAUUUCAUGAUCCCUCAAUGAAAUCAAGUAAUGCUGGUCAAGUGAGGAAGAGCUUAUCAAUUAAGCCUCAUGCGGAUGGCAGUGGCUACUUUGUUUCCUUAACUGUUGUCAACAACCUGCUAAAGACCAGAGAGAGUUUCUCAGUUCCUGUCACGACUGCUGAAUUUGCUGUUAUGAAGACUGCUUGCAGUUUUGCAUUGCCCCACAUCAUGGGUUGGGAUAGAUUGACGAACAAGAUGCCAGCAGGUGGUGGUGGUGGAGGAGGGCAAGAAUCAAAGGCGGUUCCACAGCUUUUGGAGGAGUGGGAUAGAUGAAGUCCACCUCUCGAAUCUCAUCUUUAUGACAAGCUAAAGGAACUUGGACUUGCAAAUUUGGGUUCCUACUAGGAUGGACUUGUUAUGGACUUAUGGUGGUGUAUGGUGUAUUUUGCUGUGUUGCCAAAAGCUUAUUUGACCUGGUGUAGGCUUUUCUUUUGGCUUAGAACGCUUAAGUGAUUAUUUUCAGCAUGAUAUAUAUGUAACUUUAAAGCUAAAAGUAGGGGGUUUAAAGUGAGUUAAUAGAUUCGGUUGGUAUCUAAUUAUAUGAUAUUAUGUACUUGUUGAAUUUUGAUA